CUGAGAAAACCUGGACAACAGGAUGUUGUCAAUAUUACGAAAAGCGCGAUUGAAGGACAAGGAGAUGAGAAUUCUGAUGCUGGGCCUGGACAAUGCAGGAAAGACCACCAUCGUGAAGAGAAUCAUGAACGAAGACGUGAACAGCGUCAGCCCAACUCUUGGGUUCAUCAUCAAAACGAUAGAUUAUGAUGGAUACAAACUCAACAUUUGGGAUGUCGGUGGCCAGAAGACACUGAGGACGUACUGGAAGAACUACUUCGAGAAGACUGAUACUCUGAUAUGGGUUGUCGAUGCCACGGAUCGUGAGCGCAUCGACGACUGUCGCCAGGAACUUGAUGGAUUGCUUUUGGAAGAGCGACUCAUAGGUGCCAGUCUCCUCGUCUUCAAAAACAAGAGCGACGUGGCUGGCUCAAUGACGGAGGACGAGGUUCGUAAGGGACUCCGCCUGGACUCGAUCAAAACACACAAGUGGACCAUUAUGGCCUGCAGUGCCAUAACGGGGUUGAACCUGCAAGAAGGACUAGAAUGGGUGGUACAGGACGCGAAAGCAAGACUUUUCUUGUAUUGAUAAAUACCAUACGGUGUUGAGUGACUGCAAGGGGUGAACUGACAGGGGGGCUUCUCGAGUGGAUCUAAAAAAAGCAUAGCGCAUGUGCAGCUUCUGGCGUGGCGGCACUGGGCGAAGCCGAAGUUUG